CUUUGCCUUGACUGGCCGCCCAGCUUCUGCACAGGACUGCUAUUGGGCGCACCCUAUUGCCCCGAGGCCUGACAGGGGAGGGGUCGCCCCUCCCUUGUGCCCGCUCCACUCUGGCCAGGCCACCAACUCCUGCCUGGUCACCCGAUCCGCCCCCGUAAACUUGCUGGCGCGUGUGGGGCGGCGGCCGGCUGCGUGGAGGCGGGGGCUGCUCCUUAAAGGAGCCGUUGUAGGGUGCCCUACAGUCCCCAUGCUUCUCCCCUCCUCCCGGGCGAGCCGGGGCUGGGGUGGAGAGGCACUGCCGCCUGAGUUCUGGUGGAGUGUGGGAAGGUGGCCGGGUGUUCUGUGGCGUUGCAGACCUCACGGGCUCAGAAGAGACAGUGGCAAGUGUCAGUGGAGGGACAGCAGGAGAUCCUGGGGCAGAGUCCAGGGCGGCUCAAGGCUCCUCCGCACGCGCCUGCUGAACCGGGAGCACCCUGAGCCACCAGGAUGGGGCAGGCCGGGGCUGCCGCCAUGAUCCCGGUCCUGGCUCUGCUCUGGGCGGCAGUGCGGGGGGAUGCAACCCCCAGCACCCCGCGCCUGCGGCUUUCCUUCCAAGAGCUCCAGGCCCGGCAUGGUCUCCGGACCUUCAGGCUGGAGAGGACCUGCUGCUAUGAAGCUUUGCUGGUGGAUGAGGAAAGAGGACGCCUGUUUGUGGGCGCUGAGAACCACGUGGCCUCCCUCAGCCUGGACAACAUCAGCAAGCGGGCCAAGAAGCUGGCGUGGCCGGCCCCCGUGGAAUGGCGAGAGGAGUGCAACUGGGCAGGGAAAGACAUUGGCACUGAGUGCAUGAAUUUCGUGAAGUUGCUGCAUGCCUACAACCGCACCCAUCUGCUGGCCUGUGGCACGGGGGCCUUCCAUCCAACCUGUGCAUUUGUGGAGGUGGGCCACCGGCUGGAGGAGCCCAUGCUCCGGCUGGACCUUCGGAGGCUAGAGGAUGGCAAAGGCAAGAGUCCGUAUGACCCGAGGCAUCGGGCUGCCUCCGUGCUUGUGGGAGAAGAACUGUACUCAGGGGUGGCUGCAGACCUCAUGGGCCGGGACUUCACCAUCUUCCGAAGCCUGGGCCAGCGUCCGAGUCUUCGAACAGAACCACAUGACUCCCGCUGGCUCAAUGAGCCCAAGUUUGUCAAGGUCUUCUGGAUCCCGGAGAGCGAGAAUCCCGAUGAUGACAAGAUCUACUUCUUCUUCCGUGAGUCUGCAGUGGAAGCUGCACCAGCACUGGGGCGCCUGUCCGUGUCCCGUGUUGGCCAGAUCUGUCGGAAUGAUGUGGGUGGCCAGCGCAGCCUGGUGAACAAGUGGACCACGUUCCUGAAGGCACGGCUGGUGUGCUCUGUGCCUGGUGCAGAGGGUGACACGCACUUCGACCAGCUCCAGGAUGUGUUCCUGCUGUCCUUGAGGGACCGUUGGAGCCCGCUGCUCUAUGCUGUCUUCUCCACAUCCAGCACCGUCUUCCAAGGCUCUGCAGUGUGCGUGUAUAGCAUGAACGACGUGCGCCGUGCCUUUCUGGGGCCCUUUGCACACAAGGAAGGGCCCCUGCACCAGUGGGUGUCCUAUCAGGGCCGUGUCCCCUACCCCCGGCCAGGCAUGUGCCCCAGCAAGACCUUCGGCACCUUCAGUUCUACCAAGGACUUCCCUGAUGACGUCAUUCAGUUUGCCCGGAACCACCCUCUCAUGUACAAUUCAGUCCUGCCCGUGGGUGGGCGCCCUCUCUUCCUACAAGUGGGUGCCGGAUACACCUUCACCCAGAUCACUGCAGACCGUGUGGCAGCUGCUGACGGACACUACGACGUCCUCUUCAUUGGCACAGAUGCUGGCACAGUGCUGAAGGUGAUCUCGGUCCCCAAGAGCAGCCGGCCUAACGGGGAGGGGCUGCUCUUGGAGGAGCUGCACGUAUUUGAGGACUCGGCUGCUAUCACCAGCAUGCAAAUCUCUUCUAAGAGACACCAGCUGUACGUUGCCUCACGGAGCGCAGUGGCCCAGAUCCCCUUGCACCGCUGUGCUGCCCAUGGCCGUGCCUGCGCCGAAUGCUGCCUGGCGCGUGACCCUUACUGCGCCUGGGACGGGGCCGCGUGCACGCGCUUCCAGCCCAGCGCUAAAAGGCGGUUUCGGCGGCAAGACGUGAAGAACGGCGACCCCAGUACGCUGUGCUCCGGGGACUCAUCCCAUCCCACAUUGCUGGAGCGGAAGGUGUUCGGGGUGGAGGGCGGCAGCGCCUUCCUAGAGUGUGAGCCCCGCUCGCUGCAGGCACGCGUGGAAUGGACCUUCCAGCGCGCAGGGGAGGCAGCCCGCACCCAGGUGGCUGCGGAAGAGCGCGCCGAGCGCGUGACGCGGGGGCUGCUGCUGCGCGGGCUGCGGCGCGGGGACUCAGGCGUGUACCUGUGCGCGGCUGUGGAGCAGGGCUUUUCGCAGCCGCUGCGUCGCCUGGCGCUACACGUGCUGAGUGCAGCGCAGGCCGAAAGGUUGGCCCGGACCGAGGAGGCUGCGCCCGUCGCCCCUCCAGGCCCCAAGCUCUGGUACCGGGACUUCCUGCAGCUGGUGGAGCCGGGCGGCGGUGGCGCUAGCUCCCUGCGAAUGUGUCGUCUGCAGCCCGAGUCGCGCCCACCGCCUCCCGAAUCGCGGAGGAAGGGCCGAAGCCGCCGAAGGCACGCCCCCGAGCCGCGCGCAGAGCGGGGGCCCCGCAGCGCCGCGCACUGGUGAUUCGGCCUCCGGGCUGGGUACAGGGAAGGCGACUCCAGGCAGGAGCGGGAGGACAGACCCUGGGGGACGCACGGCUACGGGGCCCGGCACACUGGUCCCUGGCCGAUGGAGACCGACCGACCGACAGGCCCUGGCCGAGGGGCUGCCUCGCCAGCUUAUUUAUUAACAGAGGAUAACCUUUGAAUGUAGCCGUGGGAGGGACGGCCCAGGCCGGGCACGGGGUCCUGCUGGUCGCGAGGAGGCAGAGAAGAGGGCUCCAAGGCAGCGACCUGGGCGGAGGAGGAGCCCGGAGUGCCCUCCCUCGGGGAAGGCCCUCCUCCCUGGGGGAUGAGCAGAAAGCUGUGAACAGGCUGAGCGGGUGGGGGUGGGGGUGGGGCAGGCCGACUGUACUAAUGCAAUAAACACGUUAUCAGCCGAAGCUGGAGCGGCCCCAGCACGCAACCGCUGGUGCUAGGUCUCGCUGUGUGGCCUUGGGCAACUUCUUCGUGGUCUCUAGACCUCAAUUUCUGCUAAGGAUGCUGUGGUGAGGAUUAAAGAUGGUUUCCAUGUGA